GAGUUGCAUCCUUUCAUCUUCCUCGACGACGACGCUCUGCACUGCCAUUGCUUGAUUUAUUCAUGGAGGACGGCGCGAAGCUGAGCAUAUACAAGGCCGUCAGAAACAUAAAACGUAGAGAUAAUACUCUCUACAACGCUCUCAGAUCAAUUUACGAGGACUCUAUUUUCGUCGGCGAGAUCUCCCAGCUAUGGCCGGAGCUUCCUCUUCUCGCAAAUCUCCGUUGCGGCCUUUGGUAUUCCCCGAAGUUUCACUCCAAUUGCUACUUCAAGUCCACCGACGGCCACAACAACAACUGGUCUUUCAAUACUUCCCGCCUCAACCUUCAUGUGGCGCAAUUGGCUGAAGGGAGGGUGUAUUAUAGUUGAUUCCACUCGAAGAGGAAAGCGCUUUCCUGAUAGCAUGUCCAAAACAAUACCCAUUUGGACUUGUGUUUUGAAUCGGUCUAUAAGCAAACAUUUAAAGAAAAUCCACGGCAGUUCAUCGGAGCUAGGGGAGCCUUCCACUUCUGCUGUGCUUGCUGAAAAUGGAAAAGAAUGUACUGUUGGUUGGGACUGUUCCUUGCAUUUACCCCUUUGGGUUUCUGAGACCGAGAAAGCUGCUAUUGAGGAACGUCUUGAAGAAUGGACGAAACAGUUAGAUGACUGUGGAGCUGAUGUUACCACAUUGGCAUCAAUCUUGAGAAAGCCAUUACGCCCCUUGUGGAUUUCACAGAGAUCGGUUAUUUGGUUGAACGAAGUACCAGAUCAUGAUUCCUGGGAUUUCACCCCCAUUAUACUUGUUACUGCUUCGUUCUCUACUGGUGUGGUUCAACAAAGGACCACCACAGAGUUUAGCUGGAACUACAUUUCUGGAGCAGGAGACGAUGAAGAAAGUUGGGCAAGAGGCUUGACUCCAAAUCUGUUUUGGAAUCACGCACAUGAUCUUAUGAGCUCUGGGCCUGAUAUCUGUAAUCAGAAGGUAGCUGAAAUAGUUGAAAAGGACAGAGUAUAUCGAGCACUAAGGGGAAACGAUGCACCUCAGAUCAGUGUUAAAUCUCGGAAAGGAUCAUCAACUCAAGUCCCACCUAUAGAGCAAAUGUUAUCUUUUGAUAUUUCUGAUGCUGAGCUAGAUGCAAAGUCUUCUGACGGAAAUUGUGGAUUAUCUUGGCUUGGUUCAACUAGACUUGCAGUAGGCUCAUCUCAAAAUGCUGUGACUGCGAGCAAUGUUGAUUGCAUUUUAAAUUGCGAUCAAGAGUCCUUAUCUGUUUGCCUUCCGGUUGCUAGUGCAUAUCUUCAUCUACCUAUGAUGAUGUCAAAACUGGAUCGAUUUUCCCUGUCGCGAAACCUUGCUUCUGCCGUAGAUUUUGCAAAGUUGAAUCUUAACCAAGGGAAAAGACUUCUGGUUUGCUGUAGCAAUGGAGAAGAUAUUAGCAUAUGUGUUUGUUUGGCAAUACUGACAUCUCUAUUUGACGACGAAGGAACUUUCGAUUGUGGGAAAUCUUUUGACAACACGCAUAUUACGAAAUUGGAAAUGAGAAGACGACUCGUAUACAUCUGUAAAUUUGCAACAAAUGCAAGGCCUUCCAGAGGAAAUUUGAGGCAGGUUUUCAAUUUUCUUAGUGGAGGAAGAACUGAUUAACUACAGCUAAGCAGAUUCAACAACUUUACAGGUUUUUCCUUUUACUUAUUAUUAUUGUUUUUCUUUUAGUAUCUUUUACCUUUUAUACCGUCGAAGUUGAUAAGGCCAAGGUCCCCUGAUAUUGUGAAGAUAUUGCUUGCCUUGGCCCUCUUCAUUUGUAAGGAAUGAUUUUUGAGAUUCUUAAUUAUUUUCUUAAAGAAAAAAUGAAACCAAGUUUGUGGAUUCCUUGUAUAUUUAUGCAUCUUCAUUUUAGGGUGUGGUCAGGAAUGAGUUUAAAUAGCUAAAAUCAUUUUGUGAAACAUGAUUUUGAUUAUUCCGAACAUCGCAUAUGACAAUAUAAAGUACACAUUAAAUUGAUUUAGAAUGAUGAAAUAUGUGUUUCGCCAUGCACAGAAAAAGUGAAGCAGUACAAAGGAGAACAAGAUGGUUAAACCUUAACCUUAUUGGAACAUGGAAGUGCAUUUUAUAUAGUCUGAAGUAUUUAUUUUCUUCAAUGUGUGUAGUACUUGAAUCUAUCUUGGACGAACAGCACGCUCCGAAGGUCCAGCUUGUCGCAUUAGCUGAUUUAGUAACAAGAUCGUCAGAAUAAUGUGUAAUGCUAGAUGUAUCAAUACACAUGCAGACACCUAUCUACACAUGCACAAAUGAAUGUAUGUAUGUAUAGAGAGAGAGAGAGAGAGAGAGCGAGACCUGGAAGUAGUCCUGGAGCCUACGACGUAGUCGUAUGUAUUCAUUAUUUAUCCGUUCCACAGCAGCUUUAGCCCUAUUUGAUAAGUAACAUAGAGUUAGAACGUUGCACUCAGUUUUCCUUUUUUGGUGAAUAUGUAAACUAUCUUUUUGAGAUGAGAGAUUCCGUUAUAAAAAAAGGUUAUGUUUGAAUAA